CUAGAGCUACUACUACCGAACAAGAAACAGAACCAGAAUCUACAGCUAGAGCUACCACCACAGAACAAGAAACUACAGCCAGAGCUACCACCACCGAACAAGAAACAGAAACUACAGCUAGAGCUACUACCACUGAACAAGAAACUACAGCUAGAGCUACCACCACCGAACAGGAAACAGAAACUACAGCUAGACAAAAAUUACCAAUGGUAAAAAG